AUGGCAGCGGCCACACCAGGCCUCUCCGACGGCGUGAAUUGGUACUGCUACACCGCCCUUGGGCUCUUAUGGCUUGUGGAUUUUACACCGAUCGGUCAGGCCGUGGCGAGCGGCGCUGACGCCCCCAUCAAGCUGGCUGUCUUCCAGCUGGCCACGUUCUUCCUGCCCUCGCUGGUCUACGCCUGGCGCAUGGGUUGGGACUUCAAGGCCACGUUCCGCGUCGCGGCCCCGAGCGGCAAAUGGGCGGCGGCCGGCCUGGGCCUGGGCCCGGUGGUCUGGGCGCUGACGUCAGCAGCGAUCUCGCUCAGAACGGGCGUCUGGCCGUGGGACUUGGCGCCCGACGCGGCCGCUGGCGCGGCGGGCGGCCUGGUGGGCGGGCUGGUCGCGGCUGCGGCUGCAGGAACCUCGCAGGAUGCCGCGACGCUGCUGGCCAGCGCGGCGCUGGCGCCCGCAGUGAUGGAGGAGCUGCUCUUCCGCGGCCUACUACUCACCGCGCUGCGCCAGCGCUUCGGCAGCGUCGACGCCGCGGCCGUGUCGGGCGCACUGUUUGCGCUCAUCCACCUCAGCGUGGAGCAGUUCUUCCCGUUUUGCGUCCUCGGCCUCGCGGCCGGCGCGGUGGCGACGGCGUCCGGGAGCGUGUGGCCGGCGGUCGCGCUGCACGCAGGCUACAACGCCACCGGCCUCGCGCUGGGGCUGGCGCUGCAGAGGGCGGCGGCGGGCUGA